AUGGGCAGAGGGAGGACCAUGAUGCCAGAUGCGGCUGUGCUCAUGUCCCCAAAGCGCGCAUGCUCAGAAGCAUGUGGGGUGGGCCUCCGCAGAGCUUCCCGGCAGGAUGCCAACCGCAUCGCGUCCGUCGGCCACGAUGGGAACAUGUGCAUCCUCGACCCACGGUCGCCCAAGAUGCCGAUGACGUCGGUGCGCUUGGGCAGGACGGGCUCGGUGCCCACGAAGCUGCUCAGCCUGGCCUGGCUCGGCCGCGACGGCCUGGCGGUCGGCGGCUCCGACGGCAAGGUCGUGCAGGUCGGCCUCCGAGCGGGAGAGGCGGCGCCCGCGGGCGCCGGGGCGUAGCGCCGGCGCGCCCGCUGGAGCAGGGCGGCAGUCCGGCGCUCCCCUGCCCCGCUCCUCGCUCGGAGAGGAACCCUCGCCUGAGUCCCCUGCCACCUCGUGCCACACCUUCGCCAACACUGUCCACCCUGGGCUCGCCCAGCUGUCGCGCGCCAACGGGCCCGGAGCGGCUCGUUCUGAGUGCGGCAGUGGUGAGAGGCGCCCCCAA